AUAUUUAUACUUUCUGUUUUUAGAAGAUGCAAUACAGAAUUAAAUUGUUUUAUUACAGUGUUGUGUACAUAACAUGUGGAAGGAAUGUGUCUUGUUAACACGAUUCUUUAUUCUGAAGUGACAAGAGGACAAAGCAGCUGUAUUUUGUCACUUUUAUCAAAUGUGCCAUCCCAGUUUGUGGCAAAUGGAAGAGUUACCACUUUUACUUUUGUACAUACUGGGUUUUGAUAAGGUCAGAAGUAAAGAAAAAAAAUGUGAAUGGGGGAAAUGGCUGAUUUAGUAAUUAUUUUUACACAUACAGCGCUGAGCUCGAGGGGACCCUGAACAAUGAGGAAGUAAAGUCGAUGUUAAUAAAACAUAAGGGCUGAAAUCUAAAUUAAAGGUAAAUUUAAUCUAAAUUUUCUUUCGGCAACAGGCUGGAACAGCCAGUGGCAGUGUUAUGAGGUGGAUGCGCCCGUGUGUGUCUUUAUUCAUUUGUUUUAGCUAUCUUUUAUUUAAAAUGACUGCACAGCCCAUCUUUUGCGCCUCAGGUUAAGCGCCCUCAUGGAGCCAGCCGCUGUUUCCCUCUCAGCUGCGUCAAGUCAGUCACAUAUAUACAGACUUACACCGGAAGUCAACAGGACCAUCCUUCAACGUAAAAGCGUAAUUACUGCUCAGUACUCCCGUAAUAUGUGCUCAUCAACGAGGGUUUUUAUUUUGAAUCAAUGACCAGAACUUGCAUCCUGUGUGUCUGUUUGCUGACUUGACACUAAUCCGUGACACCGACCAGAGGAGUGUAGUUCAAGACUCAAUCGGAGUCGCGCACUUAAACCAGAUGCAAGUAACAUCAGAUUUCCUCUGGCACAAAAUCAAUUAACCCUCGUUUUUUUUCUUGCUGGAUUGGCGCAAAAACAUCAUCGUCUAUUUCGUUUAUGAAGAAUGGGCUGCGCAAUAUCAGGUCUGGCAGCAAAAGCAGAGUUUGGAGAGAGAAAUGAAGAUGAUGCUGCUGCUGCGUAUCCCAGCGAGGAUCAGAUUCAGAUGAUCAAGGAGUCGUGGAAAGUUAUCAGAGACGAUAUAGCCAAAGUUGGGAUUAUUAUGUUCGUCAGGUUGUUUGAGACCCAUCCCGAAUGCAAGGAUGUCUUCUUCCUAUUCCGAGACGUGGAGGACCUGGAGAGGUUGCGGACCAGCCGGGAGCUCAGGGCACACGGACUACGGGUGAUGUCUUUUAUCGAGAAAAGCGUGGCCAGACUGGACCAGCUGGAGAGACUGGAAGCUCUGGCUCUGGAGCUGGGAAAAAGCCAUUAUCAUUACAACGCCCCACCUAAGUACUACAGUUACGUCGGAGCAGAAUUCAUCUGUGCCGUGCAGCCCAUCCUGAAGCAGAGGUGGACGGCUGAGCUGGAGGAGGCAUGGAAGACCAUGUUCCAGUAUGUGACCAGCCUCAUGAAGCAGGGAUACCAGGAGGAGAGCAACCGACAGCGCCACCUAGCACUCUCCCCGAAGGAAAGACCGGACAAGAGGAACACAGCGCUAUGAGAUGCUUCUUCUCUCAAGACUGUUUUUAACCAAAACAGCACAGAAAUGUGUUUAUGUAUAUAGUGUAUUUACUGUCUCCUUUUCUACAUUGCUCAUGUUUACCACAGUCAUUGUUUGCUAUUUUAUCACAAUUGACAAAAAAAACAAAACAAAAUAACAUGCAGUGACUUUUAACAAAGCACUUUAUUUCUGAAAUUAAAUUCUGCUGCAGGACUCAGGAGCGUGAUGAGAUGAUACAAAUGGUUGACAAAAUAUACUGGCUGUAGUUAAACCUGCCUUGUAAUUGUAAUUAACAAAUGGCAUUAUUACAGCCAAUACUUUGUCUCUGUAUUCAUAACUCAAACUCAAUGCCUUUCAGUAAAUCUACGACUUAA